CUAUCGUGAAAAAUACACAAAUACAACCUGAUAAUCAGUGCAUAUUAGAUUAUACAUUUUAAAAAGACGUGACAUAAAUUUAAAAUUUGUAUACAUUCAAGAAACUUUAAAUCAAUUGUAAUCACAUAUGCUGUUUGUAUUUGUGCAACAAGACAUUUUAUCAACAAAUGUUUGUUUACAUAAAUGGCUGCUUUAAAAGAAGUUGCAUCUUGGAGUUGGUUGGUUAAACUCAAAGACAAGACUCAGCAUUUAAUUGAUUUGAAAAUAAGCUGUCCUAUCUGUUUUCUUUUUGAUGUAUUAUUCAUCGUUUUGGUGGAUAAAUCUGAUUUUUCAUCAACGAACAUUUUUAUCAAUUCUCAUUGCGGCGACAUUACUAUUUCAUUGAACAACAGUUUUAACCCGAAGACAAACUUCAUUUUGUAUGUGUACGGACUCAAGACAAUCAUUUCAAGUACAGGUCAAUAUGACUGGGUGGUAUGUUAUGGAAAUGAAGAAAUAGAGUGUUCAGAAGAGACUCAAACAAAUAUGCCUUUGAAAGAAAUCGAAGAAGACAUGCACUUACCGUUGUCAUCAGCAGUUACUCAGGGUUCAUUGCCAUUAACUGUUCAUCGCCUACCCCCAUCGCUUUACAGAUUCGAUGUCAAUGUUAUGUUCACAGAUGAAAAGUAUUUUAUCAUCUUUGUCAAAGUAAAGAAUCAGCUCCGCUGUUACAAUGUCAGUGGUCGGUGUUUAAACAAGAUGUUUCCCUUUGAGCUGCCAUCUGCAUCUUCUGUUCAAUGUAAGGUUUUGUGUGCAUGCCUACAGCAGCGGAAGAAUGGAAGAAUUUUUGUUACGACUACUGUAUCGCAUAGCCAUGUGAUAAGUUUUAAAACGUUUUUGUCUCAUGAGGAUACAUAUCGAUUAUAUAAUCUAGCUAUAACAUUCGGAACAAGAAAAGUCUACCCGAACAUGCGACCUAUUCAGUAUUUCUAUAGGAAUAAAUCAGUGGAAUAUUUUCAAAUUAUACUAAAUUCAAACUAUCUAAAUGGAGAAAUGCGACCAUAUUUGAAAAGUAAUGGUGGAGAACAGGGUUCCGUGGUGAAUGGGCGGUUAUCUGGUUUAUUUUUUAGCACAUACAUUGAUAUAACGACAAACAUGCCUAAUCCCUGUUCUCACUAUGGACCAAUCAGAUUGUAUCUCAAAUCUUUGAUAAUGUUCAAUCCUCAGUGUAAUUUGUAUUUUGCCGAUUUUUAUUGUCAUUAUAAACGACAUCAUGUUACAAUCAUACUGGUACCCAAAUUAUCAACGCAUAACAAUUUUUGUCGACAGUAUUUGACAGAAUUAAACAUUUUUCAUAAUCCUUAUUUGUGUUUGAGAGUAGAAUUGAACGGUACUUUCACUAUAAUGGCUAAUAUGGACGUCACCGUUGAAGUGUUUUAUACUGAAACCAUUAAUGUAAGAAGAGCUUUAGAACUGCAGUAUGGAUUUAUAGUAGAAACACCAACUAUUGGGAAAGGGUUUGCUAAGCCUUCUGGUACUCCUAAAAACCCUGAUUGUAACAUCUGUAACUUAAAAUAGUCAAAAAAAAAUUGUUUUAUUAUCUUCUGGAUGUCAAUCGGUUUGCUUAAGGUUUUGGCAUGUUACAAAUUAAAAUGGUGCACUCUUUUCAUAUUGGUAGCAAGACAAAUGUUUGGUUGGCUUGCUUGCUUUGUUUUUAUUAACGUUUGUGUUUGCUCAAGCAUUUUAAUUCAGAUUGACAUCUGCAAACAAUGUAAGUAGGCGGAGUUAAACCUGUGCAUAGGUAAAUUUCAUUCUUUGAUAAUGUCUAACCAAAUUUAAAUGUUAUGUAGUAUACAAGUUUAAAUUCGCCUAUUUAUGGUUUUUUUUUCAGAUGUGAAUCUUUAUUACAAUGAUUGAGAAAACAUUGAUACAAAAAAAUCAAGCAAGCCAAACAACCUUUGUCAAGCUAGCAGUAUGCAAAUGAAUUUCCUAAUCUGAUUAUUUAAAAGUUUUUUUUACAAAUCAUCCAUGCAUACAUAAAAAUUCAGAAUUAGCAUUUAAUAAUAAUCUUCGGCGAUGCCUCGCUCAAAAAUAUGACUUAUAGUUUGUUUAGCUAAUUAAGUAUGACAUACAUCAUUGAUGCUCUAUUCUCAAUAAAUUGUUUUCUUAUGAAUAAACUUGUUGCAUAUUAAGUCUAAAAUAUGUACGGACGAUAACGCAUUCGUUUUAUGAAAUAUA